UCUCCAUUCUCUCCAACACACACACACUCACUCAACACAAUCAUGACUCUCCCACCUCGCACGAUAAAAAGAACUCUGCGGCUCUAUUAAUAUCCCCAGCACUGCCGGCUGAGACCCCGAGGAGAUCGCCUGCGAAGAGCAGCGAGGCUCAGGAACCCGAGCAAAACACAGCAUCCCCCGAGAGAGAUUCAUCAGAGCUUUUGUUACCCUCAUCCCAGGAAGCGAGCGAGUGGCUUGGAAGCCUUUCCAGUGCAAAGCUCACAUCGUUAGAGCCAUAAGAACAUUUCUCUCCAUAUUGGGGGAGGGGGGACGAUGCUGCCGAGGCUACCAAACUGGACCAGUGCUUGGACCCAUGGGCAUUGUGCUCAGUGACAGUUCCAAGAAGAGGCUUCAUUGAAAAGAUUCCAGCAGGACACUUUUACCUGACCAGGACCAGGGUCUGAUGUCACACUUAUAAGCAGGUUCUUUUCUAUACAUUUCUUUCCUUCUGCAUGCCAACUUUCAGGAAAAACCGGCAGCAGAUGCAAUGCUGCAGAGCCCAAGCCAAAGGAUGAGGAUCUGGGGAUGAGAUAAUGACAUCAUUUGUAUUGUGUUUAGAAAAGAGAGAAAUUGAUACACUAAAUCAGAUUUGUAACCACUUUUGCUUCUCACAAAACCCUCCAUGGAUGGUGAUGAAUGAUAUUAUUUGACGCUGGGAACCAGGAGUCAUUACUCUAAAACCAUUUGAAGCAGAAGGUACCAGAGAAGAAAAAUAAAAUAAACAGGAAGAUAAAAAAAAAAGCAUAUUCUAUAUAAUUCCAUUCCUAUUUCCACAGACACUUACUCUGGCUGUUUUCUUUUCCAUAUUAUGUCUGCACUUAGAAGGAAAUUUGGGGACGAUUAUCAGGUAGUCACCACUUCAUCCAGUGGCUCUGGUUUUAACCAAGCUGCCCCUAAGAGGAAAAGACAGAGGUUUGUGGAGAAGAAUGGCAGAUGUAAUGUCCAACAUGGGAACCUGGGUAGUGAGACCAGCAGAUAUCUAUCUGACCUGUUCACCACCCUUGUAGACUUGAAAUGGCGUUGGAACCUGUUCAUUUUUAUCCUCACUUACACAGUAGCCUGGCUCUUCAUGGCAUCCAUGUGGUGGGUCAUAGCCUACAUUAGAGGAGACCUCAACAAAGCCCAUGAUGUGAAUUACACACCUUGUGUGGCCAACGUCUACAAUUUUCCAUCAGCCUUUCUGUUCUUCAUUGAGACCGAAGCCACCAUCGGUUAUGGAUUUAGGUAUAUCACUGACAAGUGCCCAGAAGGGAUUAUCCUCUUCCUCUUCCAGUCCAUCCUGGGUUCCAUAGUUGAUGCCUUUUUGAUCGGCUGUAUGUUUAUAAAGAUGUCUCAGCCCAAAAAGAGAGCAGAGACACUAAUGUUCAGUGAACAUGCUGUCAUCUCCAUGAGAGAUGGCAAACUAACUUUAAUGUUUAGAGUGGGAAAUCUUCGAAACAGCCAUAUGGUUUCUGCACAGAUCCGUUGUAAAUUGCUAAAAUCUCGGCAGACACCUGAGGGCGAGUUUCUACCCCUCGAUCAACUUGAACUGGAUGUAGGUUUUAGCACUGGGGCCGAUCAGCUUUUUCUGGUUUCCCCUCUUACUAUCUGCCACAUGAUUGAUUCCAAGAGUCCCUUCUAUGAAAUAUCUCAGCGAUCCAUGCAGACGGAGCAGUUUGAAAUUGUUGUAAUCCUAGAAGGCAUUGUGGAAACCACUGGUAUGACUUGCCAAGCACGGACAUCAUACACUGAAGAUGAAGUCUUAUGGGGUCAUCGUUUUUACCCUGUCAUUUCUCUCGAGGAAGGAUUCUUUAAAGUAGACUAUUCUCAGUUCCAUGCAACAUUUGAAGUUCCAACUGCACCUUAUAGUGUUAAAGAGCAAGAAGAUAUGCUUCUCAUGUCUUCUCCUUUAAUAGCACCAGCAGUAAGUAACAGCAAAGAGAAAAAUCAUUCAGUAGACUGCUUGGAUAGUCUUAACGACAUUAGCACAAAAAUACCAGCAAAACUCCAGAAAAUAACCGGCAGAGAAGAACUGCCCAAAAAACUACUCAGAAUGAGCUCCACAACUUCUGAGAAAGCUUAUAGCAUGGGGGAUUUGCCAUUGAAACUUCAAAGAAUUAGCUCGGUUCCUGGUAAUUCGGAGGAUAAAUUGGGCUUUAAAACCACAAAGAUGAUGUCCGAUCCAAUGAGUCAAUCAGUAGCAGAUCUGCCACCAAAACUUCAAAGACUGUCGGGUGGCCGGAUGGAUGGAAAUUUACCACCAAAAUUACGAAAAAUGAAUUCUGAUCGAUUUACAUAACAUUAACUUAUAGGCAUUAAUCUAAGUAUUCUUUGGAAAAAAAAAGAAAAUAAAUCCUAAAGUUACCAUGUAAGGAACGACCACAAAGCAGUUGUUGUUGAUGAACAGAACUGCAAAAUGCAGAUCGGGUAAAGAAAGAUAUUAAAGAUGGAGAAGCGGAGACUGUAUUGUACAUAUAGUGCUUUGGUAUAAGACCUAACGUUUUUAACGGUCUUACUAGAACUGCAGUAAUAUUAACUGGCAUGUAAUCUCACAUCAAGCAUGCAAUAAUAGUGUGCAUAUUUUACAAAUAGUUUUAUGGCAUGUUUCAUACUUUAUAUUGUAUAAUCAAAAAAUAUAAAAGGGGCAUUACUCUCCCCAUAUUUUUUAAGACUAAUAAUUCUCUCAAAAGAAGGGUCAAAUAUAAGGGCAAGAUUUUAAUGUAUUUAUGUUUAUUGAUAUAUUUGGUAUAAA